AUGAGAACGCCGCCGCCGCCGCCUUCACCGACGACGUCGCCUGUAUUCCUGUCCCUCCUGGUUCUGAGCGCAGUGUGCCAUCAUGUUGCUACAUCGGAUGCCAAUGAUGCUUACUCUGAGAAAAAUGACUUGUUUUCUGGGGACCAUAGCACAGAGGGGUUCCAGCUAUCUUCAGUGACUGAAGCAUUAUCAGGAAGUGAAGUAUCCUCAGGGACUGAAUAUGACUACUAUGAAGAGUAUGAGGAAGACCUACAACUGUCUGGAUAUAUCAUAGAUGAUUCAAUCAAAGUUGGACAUUUAGUUAAACCCAAGAAAAAUGGAACAGAAAGUGAAAAAAACCCCAAGGCUAGAAGAAAGAAAAAUAAAGGCAGAAAGAGAAAACCCAAAAAGAUGGCUAAUCCAUGUGAUGAAAAAUACAAAAAUUAUUGCAUUCAUGGGGAAUGCAAAUACAUAGAAAGCCUAAAAGCAGUGACUUGCAAUUGUCAUCAGGAUUUCUUUGGUGAACGGUGUGGGGAGCAAUCAAUGAAGACUCAUAGCAUGGGAGAUGGAGGUCACUCUGUCACAGCACUGGCCGUCGUGACGGCUCUUCUUUCUCUUCUUUGCUUCUCAGCGAUUGUCAUCAUUACCAUCCAGCUUCAGAAAGCACAUUCCAAUGCUCGUGACCAAGAAGCUGAAGAAAGAAAGCACCUUAAGCAGGAAAAUGGAAAUGGGACCAUGAGCGUCUAG